GAAGUGCUGCCGGUGGAAAAAGCCAAUGAGAUCGUUUCGAACUAUAAAGCUGGUGGUGCAGCGGCGGCCCACCCGAUAGAGGAACAUGAAAAUUCCAGCACCACACCCAAUCCGCUUCAAGGGUUGGCAGACGAUUUGGAGGAUGUAGCUGCCAUUCGCAAAUACUGCCUGAAAAACAAAGCCCUCCUUUCCUGGCUCAGUCCUCAAAAGGUUGGAGUUGUCUCCAACAAGUCUCUGAAGAUGAAUGCCCCUGUCCUGGAGAUCGUUUUGCGGAAGUGGUGCCCGGUGGCCCCAGAUCGGAAAACUGUUCCCGUGAACUUCUUGAAAAAACAGAUCAUCGAGUUGCGGGAGUCCCUGGAACUUACGGAGAACAUUGGCCUGACCCACUGCGAGUCGCAUGCAAUCAAAAGCUUUGUCAGCAGACUGAUUCGAAUGCAUGAUGGCACCCGCAAACGUGAUUCUACCUUCCGACGAUUGGUGGGGGUCAUUGCCCAAUACUUCACCGCCAGGAACCGGUCGGGACAAGUUGUGGAUGGCCCUGGGGAUCAUCAGGAGGUGAUGUCCUGGGAAGAGGAAGGUCAGUCCGAGAGUCAAUCCAGCCCAAAUGAUGAGACUGACAUUUUGUUGGAAGAGAAGUUGGCCAAAGUCUUGGGUGGAACCCCCCGUCCAUCCAGUCCUGUGCCACAGAGUCCGUCCACCAAAGAGCUUCAGAAGCCUGCCCACGAACCCAAGACAGUUGUUGUGGACAAGCUGGAGGACGAUGAUUUGGAUCAGGAGGUCACUCUCACGAGGAAAGAUCAACUUGCUGUUGCGGCUGCUCUCCAACAGAAACACCCGCCCGAAGAGGAAGAUGAACCAGGUGAUGAAGGAAAGAAACAGCGAAAGCGUAGAGGCAAAACCCCCAAGGGACAAAAGAUGAAGAGACCAGCCGCUUCUACUAGGCAGAAAGGUGUUCCAAAAACCGGAAAGAGCACACGCGAGGUGAAGGAUCCCAAGGUCGAACCCUCACUUAGCUUUCACAACGCGUUGCGCGCAGCUUUCGAGAGCGAAGUCCAGGAAAAGGUGAAGACACCAUCCAAGCUCGAGGACCCGUUCUGGAAAUUCUGCCUUGAACGAUGGAAUGUUGACAUGCCAAUUGGUCAGUUGGCAGCUACUGCGCUUGUGUGGGCGAAUGCGUUCCUCGAAGUACCACCACCAUGCCUUUCGUUGCUGCAUAUGCCCGAUAUGGGCUGGCUUCGAAGUGUGGUUCAGGGUCAAGUGAUGCCUGUGCAGCCGGCAGGUUUAAUGCCCGAGGUUGAUGACAAGACACCAUUGGUCGAGCUGUUUGCAAGCCUCUCCUACGAUGACAUGUGGGAUGACGCAUCCCUUAGGGCAUUGCAGAAGAAGCUGGCAACUCCGACAGCAGUGCCCCCGGAAUCCGAGGACUCCAAAACCAUGACAGAAUCCAAGACUCCACCAGAAAGUGUUGUAGUGCCUAUGGAUGCCCCAAAGCCUAGUGCUGACCAGAAGGAUGUUAUAGAAGUUCCAGAUGAUUCGCAACCGGGGGAUGCAUCCUCUUACCCAUACCGGACUUGGCCACCGCCUGACCGCCAAGAGACCGCAAACCCACCCGAGAGUCCUGGAGCCAGUCAUCGGCGAGUGGCCACUCCUGAGCCAGAGGUUCCAGCUACUCUUCGACAGGAGACACCAGAGCUGGUGACGCCCGGGGUUCCUAAUUCUGGUGGUGGACCCGAAUCAAUAUGUCCUUCUCCUAGUGAUUUGGGGGAACGGUUUGAGGAGGCAGCCAAGCAAGAUGAGUUUGGGCCCAUGGUGCCAGUUGCUAUGGUACCUGUGGUGGUUGCUGACAUUCCUCCAUCCCAGCCACGUUUUGAGUUUCCAGACUCACCCGGCCAUGCUGCAGGGGACAGCGGGGAUGAAUCUGAGCUCCUCAAGGCACCUGAGCCACCGCCCCAACUCUCUGACAACGCGGUCAAAGCCCGGUUGAGGAGAGUCUUCCUACCACGAGCGGAUGGUUCUUACUUGGUCCCAGAGGAUUUGGUCAAAGAGUACAAGAACAUUAACACACGAGACCGUAUCCAAGCCCUUUAUGAGAAGUGUGGUUACAAUUCGGAUGUCUUUGUGAAGAAGGUGACCGAGGUGCAUGAGCAAAUCAAUGAGCAGAAGAAGAUUAAAGGCAUCAAGAAGUUUUGCGAAUCCCGGCCCGGCUACACUAGGAGUUCAAAGUAUGGCGAUGGGACUAUGUACUGGACAUUGAAAAAGGUCAGUGGCACGAACAAGCCUUUUGGCCUAAGGCGAACCACGCGUCAUAUGCUGCAAGAGAUGAUGGAGCGUGAGGAGACAGCAUCCUCCUUCGGUGUCACACGUGUUGGCACCAGUUGGGGAGGUGCUUUGGGAGGUGGUGCUGCGGCAGAGGAGGAGGCAGAGCAGGACACUGACGAUGAUGGUGGGGAUGAACGAGGUAAAGUUCUUAAGUUGCUCCAGAAAGUUCGCAGCCUUGUCACUGAGCUGACUUCCGUGGAAGAGAAGAUGAUGUCACAGUACACCCAUGGUGUGGUGGCAGGUUUCAAGAAGGAGUCAUUGGUUCCUAAGGGUGAGAAGUCCGCAGGUGAUGACAAAAAACGAGAUCGGAUGAUGCUGGAGCAAUUGGCAGAAAGCAUGGGAGACCACGCUCGCAAAGUCAAGCAGGUCGGAGCCCUCCACUUUAGUGGUCGAAACCUUGGCCUCGGGGCCGGUGUUGGUGAUGGGUACGCGGAGAACAAAACAGAAGAGGAUUACAGGUUAAAGCUUGACAAUGUGGAGGAUUCAUGGGCAACACAUGAAAGAAUUCUAAGAGUGCUGCUGCGAGUGGCUACCAAUGCGAUAGAGAUGU